AUGAAUUUUAGCCACUUGAUUUUAAUUGAGUAUGUUGUUGGACAGUACCCGAGGUUUCUAAGAGCUCACUGGAAGUUCCUAAAAACUGUUGUGAACAAAUUGUUUGAGUUCAUGCAUGAGACACAUCCUGGUGUUCAGGAUAUGGCCUAUGACACAUUCUUGAAGAUUGUUCAGAAGUGCAAACGGAAAUUUGUAAUUGUUCAGGUUGGAGAAAAUGAACCAUUUAUAAGUGAACUUUUAACAGGCCUUCCAACCACUGUUGCAGAUCUUGAGCCUCAUCAGAUUCAUUCAUUCUAUGAAUCGGUUGGUCAUAUGAUUCAUGCAGAAUCUGAUCCUCAGAAGAGGGAUGAGUUUCUAUAGAGAUUGAUGGAGCUGCCUAAUC